AUGGUAAUAGCCCCUCUUCAGUUGAACAGAUGCUCCUCAGCAUCCAUUGGUUGGCAGCCUCAUUGAAUGGCACAAACCUGGCCCCUUUGUUACGACUGAUUGUUACUGGCUGGUACCACGGUCCGUCCUGUUUUCUAUUCUCUUGUUACUAUUGGUUUGUGUGAGAGAGCUCUCCGAGGGGUUGGAGUGUGCCGGGGAGCGCAUCUUAUGCUGGGGGAUGGGGUUCUGCUCUCUCCUCUGGAAGUAGAGGAGUUUAAAACCAAUGUUUCCGGUGUUACCAUUUGUGGAGCGAAACAAGCAAAUCAUUUAUCAAGGAAUGGCACAUUAUUGGAAACAUCUUGUAGUGGCUUGAACUUAGCCGCCUUUUCCUUGGCAAAAAGCUAGGGUCCUGAACGUUGAGCCUUUGCCUGGCGAGGCCAUGAGAAGAAGAGUGAAGUAGUUGCAGCUUCGCUUUAUGUGAGGUAGAACGUAGUUAGGAAACAGGUUGAUAUAAUAAUAACAGAACGCCGGGUUCCUUCAUAAAGCUGAAACCCGCGGCGGGAGUCCGCCAGUCACUAUAUAGGCGGCAGCGCAACAGAACCGUAUGCGGAAUCCUUGCACUGAAUCCUUGCACUGAAUCCUUGUCAGAACUGUUCAUCCCGCGCAUUAAAGCGCUUCCCAUUGGCCGGUCAGUAAUCUCCUCAAGCGCAGACAUAUCGCCUCUGCUCAGGGACCUGCAAGCCAGGGCAAGCAUUGCUGCAACAUAGCUGGGUCACUGAGGGGUUUGAAACUCAAUACAAUUCUUUACAACUCCUACUGUGGCGCUUACUUUCUGCCCUUUAUGGACACAUUUCCUUUCAGUAAUUGUCAGAAAAAAAUAUUGGCAUUUAACCGUUUUAUUCCAAGAGCCUUCUUUGCUAAUCAGACAAGUUGUCUUUUUUAAGAAUGUAGUUUUGCUCCAACUUCCUACUUGAUAACAACAUUAAAGGAGAACUAAAGGUAUAAUCACUGGGGGUGGUAAAACUUAUGGCACCCCCCAGUUAUUGUAAUUGCUUACCUGAUAUGAUACCCCAGGUCAGUGCUUCUGUUCACUAAAAAAAUGCACCACUGGGUAUGUAUGCCAUAGAUUGGAGUAUUAAACUAAAUACCAUUUGAACUCUAGGCCAGCCUAGUAACAAAGUUUGGGACACAGUAAAUGGGAGGGAUCUUCUGGCAUCACCACUAUAUUUAGGUUUUUGUAGUGGGUAAGUGUAGCUGUGUGUGACACAAAAGCAGAUGUCUCUCUGUAGUUAGAUAGGAUGCAGAUUGGGGGAAAUAUGUCUGAAUACUUCAAAGUGGCAAAGGAGUGAACCACAGCCUGUGGAACAUGAGACAAGCUUCUGGAUGUCAUAGAUGUUAGAUUUUCUACUUUAGAUUAUCCAGAAUAGUAAGUAUCGGUAUAGAAUCUCAGUAGAAAAAUGAAAGAAAUUUGAAUAACCCUUGUAGCUGGGUUUGACCUAAGUAAUGUCUGACCCUGGUGAAUUAGCAGUAAAAUAGAAACUGAAAUCUUAAAAAGAGCUGCCACUACACUGUGAAUAAACUAUCUACUAAGAAACUGAACAGAAAUGUUGAAACCCACUGUGGCCUUUUACCACAAAAUAUAAAAACAGUUGUUUGUUAAAGCAGCAGUAAAACAUAAAAAGAAACCGUAAUUCAUUCCAAUUUUCAUACUGUAUUCUAAUUUAUAAUAACUAUACCCCUGUUUGUAUUUUUCAUUGUAAAGCACUAUACAAUUGCAUACUAGCCAAUAGGCUGUUUUUCAAAGUUCUAGUUUUUGCUGUUUAUAGAGAUGUGAUGGGGGGGCAACAAACUAAGCAGAUAAACAACUUUAGUAUAUUUGUAUCAGGUAGGCCAUACUUUAGCAAAGGUACAGUGUAUACAUUUUGUGAUGCAGUGAAUCCUGGAUUUGGUUCAGAAUUCAGCCAAAUCUGAGUCUUUUUGGUUGGAUUUAGAUUUGGCUGAAUCCAAGUGCCUUAUAAAAGACAAUUUGGGUCCUUCCAGACAAACUGUCCAUAGGCAGAUACUUCAGUUUAAGCACAAUGUAUAGAACUUCUUACUAAUUUUUAAAUGCUCACCAAAUAUUAUAGGUGGUUUGGGUACUCAUUGCCCAAAUCUGUCGCUUUAACACACUCUGAUGCUUUUUUAAAAAAAUACAGGUCACUCACCUCUCCAAAUUGGUGGUCCAGGUGCAGCUCCCCAAAGCCGCAGUGAGGGCAGAAUCUGACCAGCACAAUUAAAUUAGGCGUGGACUCCACAAGACCCUGAUUGCGAUCAGACACCCCCAACCUUUGUGCUCUAGGAAUCAAAGUGGUCAGUUUCCAUGCCAUCUAUAUGAAGAGUCAGAGUGUGACUGAGAAAGUCUUGCUGCUUCUACUAACAGCAUGAAUUUCUUCUCGCAAGUGUUGAGAUCCAGCACCAAAAAGCAACUCUGGGAGCCACCCAGCUCUUCACAGCAGCCAAAACCUCCUGAAGAAGAGGUACAAUGUGUAAAUGUUCUAAUUGUGGGUGCUGGAAGUCGUGGAAAAUGUUAUUCACAGUAUGCGGUGCAUUUCCCCAAUCGAAUGAAGGUGGUCGGUGUUGCUGAUCCCCGCUUAUGUACAAGAGAUGACUUCAAAAUAACACACAGUAUUGAUGAUGACAAAAUAUUUGAAGACUGGAGAGAUGCAGCAGCCAAAGAAAAAUUUGCUGACGCAGUAAUAAUUGCGACCCCAGAUAGAUUGCAUAAGGAUCCAGCAGUAGCAUUUGCUAGGAAACAGUACCAUAUUUUUCUGGAAAAGCCCAUGGCAGUUACCCCUGAAGACUGUUCAGAAAUUGUAUCUGUGUGCAAGGAGAAUGGAGUCCUUCUUGUGGUGGGACAUGUCAUGCGCUAUCAUCCUGUCUCACGGGAGAUAAAGGCACUGGUAGACUCUGGAGUUAUUGGAGAUAUUGUACACAUUCAACAUAUGGAACCCGUUGGGGACUGGCAUUUUGCUCACUCUUUUGUUAGAGGAAAUUGGCGAAAAGAAGACGAGAGCACAUUCUCUCUACUUGCCAAGUCAUGCCAUGACAUUGACCUAAUAUGCUUUUGGACUGGGAAGAAAAGAUGCAUGAAGGUUUCUUCUUUUGGGACUCUCUCCCAUUUUACUAGAGAAAAUAAGCCCAAAGAUGCCAGCAGUCGCUGUAUGGAUUGUUCAGCUGAAGAAAAGUGUCCAUUUUCUGCAAAGAAGAUUUAUCUCAAAAGAGCUGAGCAGGGUUUAUUUUCCUGGCCAGUAUCUGUUGUAUGCAGUAAUGGUGUUUAUGAUAUUGAAUCACUAACCGACGCAUUAAAGACGGGACCAUAUGGGAGAUGUGUUUAUGAAUGUGACAAUGAUGUUGUCACCAACCAGGUUGUUAAUAUGGAGUUUGAGGGAGGAGUGACUGCAGCAUUUACUAUGAUGGCAUUUACACAAGCCCUAGGAGUAAGAACUACUGCAAUUUAUGGAACUAAGGGAGAAUUAAAUUGUCUGGGAAAUGGACCGAUACGAGUAUUUGAUUUUCUCACCAGGAAAGAGACAGAGUAUCCCCCUCGUAUGCCUGCCUUUAUCCCUUUGGGAUUGAUGGCUCAUGGUGGAGCAGACUAUUGCAUCAUGGAAAACUUCAUUUCAGCUGUUGCUAAUAACGAUCCUUCGCGUAUACUUUCUGGCCCAGAUGAAACCCUUAGAAGUCACCUGUUGGUGUUUGAGGCCGAGAGAUCAAGGAAAGAGAGCACAGUGGUUCAUCUAAGCAAUGACAACCCAGUAUGAAUAGAAAGCAUUAUGGAAAUGUAUUACAGAAACUGUCAUGUAGUUAUGUAUGUUUUAUAUGCUUGGUACACUUUAUUUUGUAAUAAAUACAAUGAUAUAAUAUAAACAAUUGUCCUUGUAGUCCUAAAGACACUCACUGCUCACUGUGCUGAUAUAGGUAUAUGCUGACUGAUGGGGCCAACUAUUAUAUGGUUUUGUACAAUUAUUGGGAUGGAUCCAAGUUGGUUUGACUCUAACAAAAGGCCAUAUUAUGUCCAUGUACUGCCAUUUAAAAAACUAAUACUGUUAAAAGCAGUUUUUGAUUAAAAAAAAAAAAAAAACAUCGUCUGACCAUUUCUUGGGCUUUGUGUGUAUCAUACAGGUGUUCAGUUAUGAACUGAGGUAAGAGCUGUUUUAAAUGGAUGUUACCUAUCUAAAAUGUCCGUGGUUUAAAUAUUUUACUUCCCUUUUAUGCACAUCUACCAAGUGCUAGUUUUUUGAAAAGGGAACAAUAUAAAAUCUGCAGGUAGGAUGCCCCACAGACCAAAUGGUCAAUAUCAUCCAAUUUGUACUUGAACAUGUAUUGGCAGCUUAUAUUGACAGGUUCUUUUGCUGAUGGUCCAGUCAAGAGGAUCUGAACUUAAAUAGGAGGAUGCAUUGGCUGCCUUUGUUUCUGGAUAUGCUUAUCCUCUUUACUGCCUAAUAAUUUUGGUUGUUGUAGCCCCCUUAAAUAUUCAGUUUUUGUUGUUGUUUUCUCAAUUAGCCAGCUGAUUAUUCUUGUGAUGGGUUCUGUAUUCUGAGUACUGUUCUGUUCUGCCUCGAAGUUUAUCAUCAAAACAUGACAUAAUUGCUGCUGUUGGGGUUAUUUACAACCUUCUGGCAGUUGGCAAAGAAGUGCAUAGAAGUAUAUAGUCGUCUCCUAGCUAGUGUGUCAUUUAGAUGUGUAGGUUAGGGAGCAGCAGAGGGUGCAAGCCACAAUGGGACCCUGUCCUUGCCCUAUGGCAGGAGGUAAGGAUAGGACUGGCCUGCGCCCCCUGAUGCUGCAUUGUGCCAAUUAUUUAUUUGACCUGAGGUGCACAGAGCACCCAUUCUCCUUGGCAAAAGUGCUGCCUGAAUGAGCAGUAAGGGUCAUGCCCAUGCUCUCCUUAUGUCCAGGGGAAUAGUUAAUGAUCACCUUUAUCUUAUUCAACACCUUUCUGAUUUAUUGCAUUACAUUUAAGAGUUUAUAUGUGGGAAAACAGGCACAAAGCACCAUGUUUUUGUCUACAAUGCACCUGCCCCAUAACCACCAGGUGCAGCACUUGUAUUAGACCUGUCUUUGAAUGCAGCACUGCUUAUGGAAGGGGUGGCACAUGGGUGGGAUGUUGGUGUCUUUUGUACAUCCCUUCCUUGAGCAUCAUUAAGGACAGGCAAAGAAAGAAACACCAGUGGGGAGCCAGGCUCUCUGCAGCUCUGUAUUUAAUGGCAGCUCAGGCCUGCUUCUGGCAGGCAUUAAGUACUGCCUUGCACCUGGAUGCAUUGCAUUUUGUACCUUGUGAUGGAUGCACUCGCACAAUGGUGCAAAUAGCAGCUGCUCUGCAUCAGCGUCAGUGCCGGUUUCUAUGUGUAGUCUGGCUAAUAGGCUCAAUUUUGCAUUCAUUAGUAAGUAUAACAUUUGCACUCUGCUAUGUUAAAUAAACUCUAUGUUUUCAGCGAAAAAUAUAAAUAUUUUAUUUCAAUGACAUUGCCCUUUUCAGUGCCACUAUAUCACUUUACUGGACCACUUUACAGAUGUAACGUACCAAAACUGAGACACAUACUGUAUGUACUGAAAUGCAAAUUUCCUCCUAACCUAUCUAUAUGUUGUUUUUUCUAAUUCCAUCUCAUGUGUGCUCAAGAUAAAGAUUAUUUUUCCCCACUUU